GGCUGCUAAUGCCUGCGUCUAGACCCGCCCCGUGCUGGAGGUAGGGGGAGACGAGACUAUCCGUUCCUCUCCUCCAGCAGAACUCAUGCACAUUUUAGUCCAUUAAAAUUAUGUCCUGCCUGAGAAGGCAUCCAAAAAGGACAAAAUCCGAGGAACGGGUUUAUCAGGAGGAGCUGAGAAAACAUGAGCAGGAUAACGGAAGACGUCUGGGUCUGGAGGGAGACCCAGAUCUCCAGUUCCUCCUGAAUGGCGGGAAGCUGAUGAAGGUUCGGUCGAACUCCUGGCAGAAGAACCGAUUCUAUAAGCUGCAGGAAGACUGCAGAACCAUGACCUACAACUCUAAGAAGAAAUUCAAUCGGAAGCGGACCUUUGCCAUUGACGACAUUGAGUCGGUGCGUAAAGGCCGUCAGUCCGAGGGGCUUAAAAAAUACACCCAGGACAGCGAUGAAGACAAGUGCUUCUCCGUCAUAUUUAAGGGACGCAAGAAGAUUCUUGACUUCAUGACGGCUUCUAAAGAGGAAGCAAACCAGUGGGUGACCAGUUUGGAGAAGGUCAUCAGCAGCAUACGCAACCUGAACAACAAGCAGAAGAGUGAGCACUGGAUCAUCAACUGCAUGCGGAAAGCAGACAAGAACAAAGACAACAAGAUGACUCUGAAAGAGCUGAAGCAUUUUCUGCGACAGAUCAACGUUGAGGUCAGCGACACCUACGCAGCCGAGAUAUUCAAGAAAUGCGACACAUCAAACUCAGGAACCCUGGAAGGCACAGAGAUCAAGGAAUUCUAUGACCUGCUGACGCACCGCGAGGAGAUAAAGGUGAUCUAUGAGAGUUACGCUAAAACAGAGGGUCAGAUGAGUGACGAGGACCUGGUGAGCUUCCUCCAGAAAGAACAAAGGGAACAAGCGUCCUUGGCGGACGCACACAGGCUGAUUGAGGAAUGCGAAAUGGAUGAAACAGCAAAGCAGCAGAAGAGGAUGACCAAAGAUGGCUUCCUGAUGUACCUGCAGCAAGAGGAAACGUGCAUCUUCAACCCAGCUCACAAAAAAGUGUAUCAGGACAUGACUCAGCCUCUCAAUCACUACUUUAUCUCCUCAUCUCACAACACCUACCUGAUGGAGGACCAGCUCAAAGGGCCCAGCAGCACAGAGGCCUACAUAAAAGCUCUGAUGAAAAGCUGUCGCUGUGUGGAGCUGGACUGUUGGGAUGGGCCCCACGGAGAGCCUGUUAUUUAUCACGGCCACACGCUCACAUCUAAAGUGCUCUUCAAAGAUGUCAUCAAAGCCAUUAAGGACUAUGCCUUCAAAAUGUCCGAGUACCCGGUGAUCCUGUCCCUGGAGAACCACUGUGCCGUGGACCAACAGAAAAUCAUGGCCCGUUACCUGAAGUCAAUCCUUGGGGAUGCUUUGGUCACAAAGCCUCUGGGCGGCAAGAUGCCCACCAACUUCCCUUCACCUAAGGAGCUGAAGGGCAAGUUCCUCAUUAAAGGAAAGCGUCUGAACAAACUGGAUGUGCUUUUCUCCAACAUUAACACAGUAGAAGAUGAAAUGGUGUCUGAGGAGGACGAGGCCGCUGAGUGUAAAGAGAACAGUCAAAAACAGAAGCCGAAGAAAUCAAAGAUCACACUUGCAAAAGAACUGUCGGAUGUGGUCAUCUACUGUAAGAGCGUCCACUUCAGCAGCUUUGAACACGCCCAAAGCAAUCAGGCUUUCUAUGAAAUGUCAUCUUUUAAGGAGAGUAAAGCCCUCAUGCUGGCUGAGACUUCAGCUACGGCCUUCAUCCAUCACAACAUGGACAAACUCAGCAGGAUCUACCCCUCGGGCUCCAGGACGGACUCAUCCAACUACAACCCUGUUCCCAUGUGGAACGUUGGCUGCCAGAUUGUGGCGCUGAACUUCCAGACUCCCUCUAAGGAGAUGCACAUAAACCAGGGACGGUUUCGUCCAAAUGGUUUUUGUGGCUACAUCCUGAAACCGGAAUUCCAGAGAAGUUUAUCAUCCCAGUUCAAUCCCAACACAGUAUCCAACAGGCCAGAGAUGAAGAUCUUUCAUGUCAUGGUGAUCACAGCUCAGCAGCUACCUAAAAUCAACAAGGAAAAAGAGAAGUCCAUCGUAGACCCUCUGGUGAAAGUGGAAAUCUAUGGUGUCCCAGCAGACAACGCCUGCAAGGAGACCCAGUACAUCAACAACAACGGGUUCAAUCCAAUGUGGAACGAGAGGUUUGAGUUUACCAUUCAAGUCCCAGAGCUGGCCAUUGUGCGGUUUUUGGUGGAGGACUACGACGCGGCGUCUGCUAACGAUUUCAUUGGGAUGUACUGUCUGCCCCUCACCAGUGUUCAGAAUGGAUAUCGCCACAUCCCGCUGCUCACAAAGAGAGGUGACAUCAUCCCUUCUGCCGGGCUGUUUGUGCACCUCAUGCUGCUGGAUGCUCAGUAGGCUCGUGUGAGGAUCACCACAAAUACAUUGUUUUUUGUUUUUGUUUUGUUUGUUUUUUUUAGUACAAAGAGGGAAGUUUCUGUCUCUGUGUAACUUUUUAAAUGUUUGGUUUAAUAGGAUCUACUGUAGUUUAACAAAAUAUGAAAGAAUGGAAGUGUGAGUGAGAAAUCUUUAUUUAAUGACUGUCAUUUCACUGUAUUUUGGAGAAUAAUGUUAGUUUUUGUUAGUUGACUUCCCUCUUUUCAAACACUGAUUAUGCAAUAUGAGGAGUUUUAUAUAUUUUAUUAGAUUUCUUGAGUUUUUAUCUGUAUUUAAGGUCAGAUACUUUAAAUGAUUUAUGUUUUCCUUCUUUAUCCAACCAGAACAAGCAAUGAGUUUAGUUUUCUUACUAAAAAGCCAAAGGGAUGUGGAUCUGGGGGGUAUGGCAAAUGUUUUUAUCGUGUUUUUGCACGUUUCCACUGCAACGGCCCAUGUAGAUGCACUUUAAACACAACUAAUGUCUAUAAACAUGGAGUAACGUUUAAGAAAAGAUGAUCAAAUCACACAAAAUGUAACAAACUUUCAUUCGUUGACAGUUUUUUAGUUUGUUACAUCUUGACUCUUUUGGUAUCGUGUGUACUUGAUCGUGAAUAAAAGCAGUCUCCUAACA